GACUGUUUGGCUAGCCCAUCAGUCUCAACAUUCAGAGAUCGAGAAAAGUGAGAGAAGGAGAUGGUGAUGAAAGCAGAGGAGAGUUGCUUGAUAUCCAUGACGAUACCGAAGAUUUCCUUGACCUGCAUGUCGCCGUUGAUAGCUCGAAUGAGCGUUUCGUUGUCAGACAAGCACCGGAGCUUUGGGAGCCCUAGAUUCCCUGCGGAGAGUAGAGCCGAUCGGAGAGCUAACGCUUCUGCAAUCAGUGGAGAGUUGAUCUUGUCCUGUGUUGCCGUUUCUUGGGUGAUACACGAGCCUUUCGAAUCGGUGAGGAUCCAAGCUAAGCCGGCCCUCUUCGUUCUUACAUCCCAAGCCGCGUCCGAUCUACAAGUCAUGAGUAGAGGGUCUUCUACAGUUAGUUGCAAUCGCCUCCUCGGGUUUGUUUUCGAAGACCAGUUGGUUCCGUGCGAUCCAGAUUACCCAGCAGAUCCAUGGGAGUAUCGUUCCUGUUAUCCCCGUUGGCGGUAGACAGAAUGUUCUCUUCAGUGCUACAACAACAUCUGUGAAACUCUCAAAUGUAGCUAGGUGAACUACACAGUUGAGAGGGACCCUCUUCCAAACCUCCUGCGC